AUGAGAUGCGACAACAACAAACAUCAAGACUUCCAGCUCCUAGCUCUAGAAAAGGAAAACAAGUCAAGGGAUUACAAUCUUUUUUUUCCACCGGCAGCAACACAUGGAGCUCAACCAACUAUCAAAAGUGUUCUCCAAAGCAAAGAAAUUGUGGAGAAGUAUGAUACUGCUAUUGCAAGAUGGAUGAUGGAUGCCUCUGUGCUAUUUAAUGCGGUUAAUUCAGCCUAUUAUCAAUCGAUAAUCGAUGCGAUUGCAAACAUGGGUGCAGGGUAUAAAUGGCCAAAUUAUGGAAGAGUUCAUGGAUAUUUGUUGAGUAAAUUGGUUGAAGAUGUAAAGAAGAUGAUUGAAGAUUAUCGUAAAACUGAUGAUGCUUUGUUUAAGUUGCUUAGGGAUGUAUUAUUUGUUGGUUCUGAGAAUGUUGUACAUGUAGUGAUGGAUAAUGCUACAAAUUACGUUGCUGCUGGAAGGUUGUUGGAAUCGAAGUUUCCUAUAUUGUAUUGGUAUCCUUGUGCAACAUAUUGUGUUAAUCUGAUGUUGCAGGAUAUUGGAAAGUUACAGGAAUUCACAGGCGGACGAGAAAUACUUCAUCCAGCUCCAACUCGAUUUGCCACUAAUUUCAUUGCUUUGCAAAGUAUUUUGGCUCAAAAGGAUGCUUUGAGAGCUAUGCUUACUGAGCCAUUUGUUCGUGUAUUGCAUAUUGUGGAUAGUGAAGAUAGAGCUGCAAUGGGUUUCCUUUAUCAAGCUAUGUAUAAGGCUAGGGAAGAGAUGGUAAAGAGGUUUCAAAAAAGAAAGAGGGUUGUUGAUCCUUAUUUUAAGAUUUUAGAUUCACGUUGGGAUUCACAACUUAAAAGAAACCUUUAUGCUACUAGUUAUUGGUUAAAUCUAGCUUUUCGAUUUAAUUCUACAGAAUUUGACAAGCACAAGCAAACAACUUCUAACCUACUAGAUGUCAUUGAGAGAUAUGAUUACAGUGAUGCUGAUUUGAAUACUAAAUUGACAAGUGAGACGAGAAUCUUUAAGAAUGCUGAAGGAGACUUUGGAAGCCAGAACCGAAUGAGAAAGCAAAGUUAUGAUCAAAUUUGUCUUGAUGCAUUUGAGGAUCAUUUGGAAUGGAUAAUGGAAGAUUCACCACCAUUUUUAACUCCUGAAGAAGUUGAUGCUUUACGAAAUGAUCUUGCAAAUAUGUCUCUUCAAUCAGCUUUAGAUGAUUUGGAUCAAUUGAAUCUGGAAGAUGAUCGAGAUGAUGAUGAAGCUAAUAAUAAUUCUGUGAAAAAUGCAAAUCAGAAUGAAACCAAUCAGCAUGUAGCUCCAGAUUUGUUAGAUGAAGAAAGAUAUCUAGACUUUGAAAUUACUCCUUGGAUAUAA